AUGGCGUCUCCAUUAUUAUAUGCUAAGGCCGAUGACGAAUUAUUCCCCGUCACUGGUAUCAACACAAUUGCAGCAAUCAUUGGUGUUAUUAGAUUACGUUCAUCUCGUUAUAUCAUUGUGGCUACAAAUACUCAAGAAGUUGGUCAGAUCCGUCAACAUUCUGUCUCAAAAGUUGCUGAAUAUAAAGUAUUACCAUUAUCAAACUCAUUUUUGAAAGAUGAUGAUGAACAAAAAUAUCUUGAUUUGCUUAAAUUUCAUUUGGAUUCAGCUCAAUUAUAUUUUUCAUAUACUUACGAUUUAACAAAUUCUCAUCAACGAAUCAAUGAAAAUAAUGGUUCAAUUAAACCAUUAUGGCAAUUAGCAGAUGAUAGAUUUUUUUGGAAUUAUUACGUUGCCAGUGAAUUGAUUGAAGGUGCCAAACAAGAUUAUAGAUUCAAUCCAUUCAUUGUCCCAUUGAUUUAUGGUUACGUUAACAUUAUCCGUACUCAAACUAAUGGUAGUCCAAUCUCAUUUGGUUUAAUCACAAGAAGAAGUAGAUUACGUGCUGGUACAAGAUAUUUCCGUCGUGGUAUUGACGCUGAUGGUAAUGUCGCCAACUAUAAUGAAACAGAACAGUUAUUAAUUCGUCAUAAUUCAAAUACAAGUUAUGAAACUUAUAGUUAUAUUCAAACCAGAGGUUCUGUUCCAGUUUAUUGGGCAGAAGUCAAUAAUUUGAAUUAUAAACCUGAUUUAAGUAUUGGUGAACCACCUUUAGAGGCUACAAAGCAACAUUUUGACCAACAAGUUAAACUUUAUGGUGAUAAUUAUCUGGUUAAUUUGGUUAAUUCAAAAGGUUAUGAAGAACCAGUUAAAAAUGCGUAUGAAAGUAUUGUUGACGCUUUAAACAAUCCAAAAUUACAUUAUGUCUAUUUUGAUUAUCAUCAUGAAUGUCGUAACUUAAAAUGGCACAGAGUUAAAAUCUUAAUUGAACAUUUAGCUCGAUUAGGUUUAAGCAAUCAAGAUUUUUAUCAUGAAAUUAGAGAUAAUGAAAACGUCAAGGUUAUUAAUCAACAAACAUCAGUUGUUAGAACAAACUGUAUGGACUGUUUAGAUAGAACUAAUGUUGUUCAAUCAACUUUGGGUCAUUGGGUUUUACAACAACAAUUUGAAACUUCUGGAAUUCUGCCUGAAUCUUCAAUUUGGGAAAGUGAUAAAUUAUUAUUAUUCCAAUUUCAAAAUAUCUGGGCUGAUAAUGCAGAUGCUGUUAGUAAAUCUUAUUCUGGUACUGGAGCUUUGAAAACAGAUUACACAAGAACCGGUAAACGUACUAAAAAAGGUGCAUUAAAUGAUUUAUUAAAUUCAAUUACAAGAUAUUAUAGAAAUAAUUUAAGAGAUGGUCCAAGACAAGAUUCAUAUGAUUUAUUUUUAGGUAAUUUCUCACCAUAUGGAGCUGUUGAUUCACCAUUUGAAGAUAGAAGACCACCUUUAACUCAAUCAAUUCCAUAUAUUUUUAUUGCUUCUUCAAUUUUAUUCUUUGCAGCUGUUGUUUUCCCAAAAGGUUCUAUAUUCAGUAUUAAAAAUUUAUUCCUAUUAGCUUCAUGUCUAACUGUCUUUGGUGUUUCCGGUAAUUAUAUUGCUAAAAAUGGUAUGCAAUAUGUCUUUUGGCCAAAAUUAGUUGAUUUAGAAUUUUUAGCUAAAAGGGAUCUUGUUAGUGAUGGUAAAUUCGAUGGCAUUAAAUUUGCUAAAAAUAAUAGAUAUCAUUCACCAACUGCUGUUAAGAAAGAUUAG